GAUUGAUUUCUAAAGACUCAGGUUACGUGAGCAAGCAGCUGAGAAGAGGAAAGGAAAGGAGGCAGACAUGGCCCUUCCUCAGGGACGCGUGACUUUCAGGGAUGUGGCUAUAGAAUUCUCAUUGGCGGAGUGGAAAUGCCUGAACCCUGCGCAGAGGGCUUUAUACAGGGAAGUGAUGUUGGAGAACUACAGGAACCUGGAGUCUGUGGAGUCUCACUUUGUCACCCUGGCUGGAGUGCAGUAGUGCGAUCUUGGCUCACUGCAACCUCUGCUUCUCAUGUUCAAGCGAUUCUUGUGCCUCAGCCUCCUGAGUAGCUGUGACUACAGGCACGGGCCACCACACCUGGCUAAUUUUUAUAUCUCUUCCAAAUGCAUGAUGAAGGAGUUCUCAUCAACAGGGCAGUGCAAUACAGAAGUGUUCCACACCGGGACAUUGCAAAGACAUGAAAGUCAUCACAUUAGAGAUUUUUGCUUCCAGGACAUUGAGAAACAAAUUCAGGACAUUGAGUUUCAGUGUCAAGAAGAUGAAAGAAAUGGCCAUGAAGGACCCAUGACAAAAAUAAAAAUGUUCACUGGUAGUACAGACCGACAUGAUCAAAAACAUGCUGGAAACAAGCCUAUUAAAGAUCAGCUUGGGUCAAGCUUUCAUUCACAUCUGCCUGAACUGCACAUAUUUCAGAUCAAAGGUAAAAUGGGUAAUCAACUUGAGAAGUCUACCGAUGAUGUUCCCUUGGUUUCAACAUCCCAAAGAAUUUCUUGUAGACCCCAAAUCCGUAUUUCUAAUAACUGUGAGAAUAAUUCCCCAAAUUCUUCAUUACUCACAGAAGAACAGAAAGUACACAUGACAAAAACAUCUUUCCAGUGUAAUGAGAGUGGCAAAGCCUUUAAUUGUAGCUCACUCUUAAGGAAACACCAGACAAUCCAUUUAGGAGACAAAAUAUAUAAACGUGAUGUAUGUGGCAAGGUGUUUAAUCACAAGCAGAACCUUGCAUGCCAUCAAAAAUGCCACACGGGUGAGAAACCUUACAAGUGUAAUGAGUGUGGCAAGUCCUUCAGUCAGGUGUCAUCCCUUACAUGCCAUCGUAGACUUCAUACUGGAGUAAAACCUUACAAGUGUGAUGAGUGUGGCAAGGUCUUUGGUCAAAAUUCAGCCCUUGUAAUUCAUAAGGCAGUUCAUACUGGAGAGAAACCUUACAAGUGUAAUGAAUGUGACAAGGCUUUUAAUCAACAAUCAAAUUUUGCACGUCAUCAUAGAAUUCAUACUGGAGAGAAACCUUACAAAUGUGAAGAAUGUGACAAAGUUUUCAAUCGCAAAUCAACCCUUGAGACACAUAGGAGAAUUCACACUGGAGAGAAACCAUACAAAUGUAAGGUUUGUGACACAGCUUUCACGUGGAAUUCACAGCUGGCUCGACAUACCAGAAUUCACACUGUAGAGAAAAUUUACAAGUGUAAUGAGUGUGGCAAGACUUUCAGUCACAAGUCCUCCCUUGUAUGCCAUCAUAGACUUCAUGGUGGAGAGAAAUCUUACAAAUGUGAGGUUUGUGACAAGGCUUUUGCAUGGAAUUCACACCUGGUAAGACAUACUAGAAUUCACAGUGGAGAAAAACCUUACAAGUGUCGUGAAUGUGGCAAGACCUUUCGUCAAAAUUCAGAUCUUUUAGUUCAUAAAUCAAUUCAUACUGGAGAGCAACCUUACAAAUAUGAAGAAUGUGAAAAAGUUUUCAGUCGAGCAUCAAGCCUUGAGACACAUAAGGUAGUUCAUACUGGAGAGAAACCACACAAAUGUAAGGUUUGUGACAAGGCUUUUGCAUCUCAUUCCUAUCUGGCAAAACAUACUAGAAUUCAUAGUGGAGAGAAACCUUACAAGUGUAAUGAGUGCGGCAAGACCUUCCGUCUGAAGUCAUACCUUGUAUGCCAUCGUAGAGUUCAUAGUGGUGAAAAGCCUUACAAGUGCAAUGAGUGCAGCAAGACCUUCAGUCAGAGGUCAUACCUUCAUUGCCAUCGUAGACUUCAUAGUGGUGAGAAACCUUACAAGUGUAAUGAGUGUGGAAAGACCUUCAGUCACAAGCCAUCCCUUGUAUACCAUCGUAGACUUCAUACUGGAGAGAAAUCUUACAAAUGUACACUUUGUGACAAGGCUUUUGUGCGUAAUUCAUACCUAGCAAGACAUACUAGAAUUCACACUGCAGAGAAACCUUACAAGUGUAACAAAUGUGGGAAGGCUUUUAAUCAACAAUCACAACUUUCACUUCAUCAUAGAAUUCAUACUGGAGAGAAACUUUACAAAUGUGAAGCAUGUGACAAACUUUUCAGUCGCAAAUCACACCUUAAAAGACAUAGGAUAAUUCAUACUGGAGAGAAACCAUACAAAUAUAAGGUUUGUGACAAGACUUUUGGGAGUGAUUCACACCUGGCACAACAUACUGGAAUUCACACUGGAGAGAAACCUUACAAGUGUAGUGAGUGUGGCAAAGCCUUUAGUGAGAAGUCAACAAUUAUUCCCCAUCAGGCAAUUCAUGGUGUAGGGAAACUGGACUAACGUAAUGAUUCUCACAAAAUCUUCAGUAAUGCUAAAACCAUUGUAAAUCAUUGGAGAAUCCAUAAUGAA